AGCGCUGCGCCCUCCCGCGAGAGGAAGUCGCGCUCUGAGCUCUGGGCUGGUCUCCGCUGGGUGGGCGAACGUAACUCCCGCAGCAUCGCCAUGGCGUCCGUGGGGACUCUCGCCUUCGAUGAAUAUGGGCGCCCUUUCCUCAUCAUCAAGGACCAGGACCGCAAGUCUCGCCUUAUGGGACUAGAGGCCCUCAAGUCUCACAUAAUGGCGGCAAAGGCUGUAGCGAACACCAUGCGGACUUCUCUGGGACCAAACGGGCUUGAUAAGAUGAUGGUGGAUAAGGACGGCGACGUGACGGUGACCAACGACGGGGCCACCAUUCUGAGCAUGAUGGACGUCGAUCAUCAGAUCGCCAAGCUGAUGGUCGAGCUGUCCAAGUCCCAGGACGAUGAGAUUGGAGAUGGGACCACCGGAGUGGUUGUGCUGGCCGGGGCCCUGCUGGAAGAAGCCGAACAGCUGCUGGACCGUGGCAUCCACCCGAUCCGCAUCGCCGACGGCUACGAGCAGGCCGCCCGCAUCGCCAUCGAGCACCUGGACAAGAUCAGCGACAGCGUCUUUGUGGACGUGAUGGACAUCGAGCCCCUGAUUCAGACCGCCAAGACCACGCUGGGCUCCAAAGUGGUCAACAGCUGCCACCGACAGAUGGCCGAGAUAGCCGUGAACGCGGUCCUCACGGUCGCCGACAUGCAGCGGCGAGAUGUUGACUUCGAGCUCAUCAAAGUCGAAGGCAAAGUGGGCGGGAGGCUGGAGGACACUGAGCUCAUUAAGGGCGUGAUCGUGGACAAGGACUUCAGUCACCCGCAGAUGCCAAAGCAAGUGGAAAACGCUAAGAUCGCCAUUCUCACGUGCCCGUUCGAGCCUCCGAAACCAAAGACAAAGCAUAAGCUGGACGUGACUUCAGUAGACGAUUAUAAAGCCCUUCAGAAAUACGAGAAGGAGAAGUUCGAAGAGAUGAUUCAGCAAGUGAAGCAAGUCAGGGCACGUGUGGGCUGAGUGCAGGUUUGCUACCGUUGUCCACUGUCUUCCUCCUCCACUCCCCGCCACAACCAGUUGAUCGCCAUUGCGACCGGGGGCCGGAUCGUCCCGCGGUUCUCAGAGCUGACGGCUGAGAAGCUGGGCUUUGCUGGGCUGGUCAAAGAGAUCUCAUUUGGGACAACGAAGGACAAGAUGCUGGUCAUCGAGCAGUGCAAGAACUCCAGGGCCGUGACCAUUUUCAUCAGGGGAGGAAACAAGAUGAUCAUCGAGGAGGCCAAGCGAUCCCUUCACGACGCGCUGUGUGUCAUCCGGAACCUCAUCCGAGACAACCGCGUGGUGUACGGCGGCGGCGCCGCGGAGAUCUCCUGCGCGCUGGCCGUGAGCCAGGCAGCGGACAAGUGCCCCACCCUGGAGCAGUACGCCAUGCGCGCCUUCGCCGACGCCCUGGAGGUCAUCCCCAUGGCCCUGUCGGAGAACAGCGGCAUGAACCCCAUCCAGACCAUGACCGAGGUCCGAGCCAGACAAGUGAAGGAGGCGAACCCCGCCCUCGGGAUCGACUGUCUGCACAAGGGCACAAACGAUAUGAAGCAGCAGCACGUCAUAGAAACCUUGAUCGGCAAAAAGCAGCAGAUCUCUCUCGCCACGCAGAUGGUUAGGAUGAUUUUAAAGAUUGAUGACAUCCGUAAGCCUGGGGAAUCCGAAGAAUGAGAGAACCUAGAAUGAGUGCAGUAAGACCCUGGAACGUGGCGCCGAUCAUCUGCAGUUAUUUAUUGUUCCGCCCUCCGCGGGUCCCUCUCGAUGCGGCAAUAAAAGGCUGUUUGGUAA